AUGCCAGAUCGAGCUUGCGACGGCGCCGUCGAUGCUGCGAGCCAUGCCGGUCAGGAGAGACAGGUCAUCCCAAACUUGGUCCACUAUGUGUGGCUUUUGAAAAACCCAAACCAGCUCCAGCUCGACUUUCAAUUCUUCCUGUCGGUAUACUCGGCGCACACCUUCUGGCGCCCGGAGCGCAUCUACAUCCACACAGACGCCACCCCCGAGGUGAUCCAGAAGGCCAGAGACUUAGGAACCCCUUGGACAAAGCGCAUCCUCGCGAUUCCUGGCGUCACCUUUAACCAUGUCAAGGCGCCAAACUUCACAAACAGGGGGAUUGAGAUAGCAGAGAUGGAGCACAAAUCCGACUUUCUGCGGCUGGCCGCCCUCCGAGACUUUGGCGGAGUAUAUCUGGACUCGGACGCAAUUCCCCUCCGGGACGUUGCCGAUUUGCGCAAUAGCGGCUUUGCAAAUGUGAUCGGGGAGCAACGGGCUCUCAGAAUGUGGCAUUUCGGAUACCUGAAUAACGGAGUCAUGAUGGCGGUUCCGCAUAGCAAUCUUAUGCAAGCGGCGCUCGAGUUCUUCGAUGGGAAAUGGGAGACUGCGAGCAUCCACCUUCUCACCGACCUCACCAACCGCCUCGCCGCAAUCCCAUCAGAGGUGCUCAUUCUGCAGCCGCAGGCCUUCAGCCCGACGAGCUGGGAAAAAGAGGACCAGAUUCGCCUGUUCAAGGAGGCGCUCGACCCCAUCACCGCGGAUAUCGGGCCGGCAGAGCAGGGCGAACAGCAGGGUAGCCUGGGGACCUGCCGCGACGCGCUCGCGUGGCUUAAGCAGCGCGAAACGAACAGAGGGCCGGAUCAGCCGUGGGAGCUUGACUUUUCCAGCACUUACGUGCUGCACGCCUUCGACAAAGCCCUGCCUAGCAUCCUUGGCCACGAUAGGCAGAUCGACGUCCAGUACGUGCUCGCGCGACGCAGCAAUUACGCGCGCGCAGUGUUUCCCGCCGUAUGGCGGGCGAUGCAAGAAGGUUACAUCCCACACGAAGAUCUCAGCUAG